UAUUAUUUUCUUCUUACCAAUCAUCACAUCGUAACAAGAGAGGCGUCUUAAUAAACGUUCAUCUCUCAAUCUCUUCUUCAUUUCUUCAAUCUUCAAAAAUGAGAGAGUGCAUUUCCAUCCACAUUGGUCAAGCCGGUAUUCAAGUCGGUAAUGCUUGUUGGGAGCUUUAUUGCCUUGAACAUGGCAUUCAGGCUGAUGGACAGAUGCCAAGUGAUAAGACCGUUGGCGGAGGUGACGAUGCUUUCAACACCUUCUUCAGUGAAACUGGAGCUGGAAAGCAUGUGCCUCGUGCAGUUUUUGUAGAUCUCGAGCCCACUGUGAUUGAUGAAGUGAGGACUGGGACAUACCGCCAACUAUUUCAUCCUGAGCAGCUCAUUAGCGGAAAGGAGGAUGCUGCUAACAACUUCGCUCGUGGCCACUACACAAUUGGAAAAGAAAUUGUUGAUGUAUGCUUGGACCGCAUCAGAAAGCUUGCAGACAACUGCACUGGUCUCCAAGGCUUUCUGGUUUUCAAUGCUGUAGGUGGAGGCACUGGUUCCGGUCUUGGUUCCCUUUUGUUGGAACGCCUUUCAGUGGACUAUGGCAAGAAGUCCAAGCUUGGAUUCACUGUCUAUCCUUCCCCUCAAGUUUCAACCUCUGUUGUUGAGCCUUACAAUAGUGUCCUUUCCACUCAUUCCCUUCUAGAACAUACUGAUGUAGCUGUCUUGCUUGACAAUGAAGCCAUUUAUGAUAUCUGCAGACGCUCCCUUGACAUUGAGCGACCCACCUACACCAACCUCAAUCGUUUAGUUUCUCAGGUGAUAUCGUCACUAACUGCUUCCUUGAGAUUUGACGGUGCCUUGAAUGUUGAUGUUACUGAAUUCCAGACUAACCUGGUGCCAUAUCCUAGGAUUCACUUCAUGCUUUCAUCUUAUGCUCCUGUGAUUUCAGCUGAGAAAGCAUACCAUGAACAGCUAUCAGUUGCUGAAAUCACAAACAGCGCAUUUGAGCCAUCGUCUAUGAUGGCCAAGUGUGAUCCACGCCAUGGCAAGUACAUGGCUUGUUGUCUUAUGUACAGAGGUGAUGUUGUGCCUAAAGAUGUUAAUGCAGCUGUUGCAACUAUCAAGACCAAGCGCACUAUUCAAUUUGUUGAUUGGUGCCCAACUGGAUUCAAGUGUGGAAUCAAUUAUCAGCCUCCAACUGUUGUUCCAGGGGGUGAUCUUGCCAAGGUGCAGAGGGCCGUGUGCAUGAUUUCCAACUCCACUAGUGUUGCUGAGGUUUUCUCACGCAUUGACCACAAAUUUGACCUCAUGUAUGCCAAGAGGGCAUUUGUACAUUGGUAUGUCGGUGAAGGGAUGGAAGAAGGCGAGUUCUCUGAGGCUCGUGAAGAUCUUGCUGCCCUUGAGAAGGAUUAUGAGGAAGUUGGUGCAGAGGCCACUGAAGGUGAAGAUGGUGAGGAAGGAGAGGAAUAUUGAUUAGUAUUAGACGUUUGCACCAACUGUUUGUUGGUUUUCUAGCCUAAUCUUUUUAUGCAUUCAGUGGGCUCUUAUAUUUGUCCUUUAUGUUGAGCUUGCCUUGUUCCUGUACCAAAUAACUUCAAUCAUAACAUUGUGGCUUCUUGCUUUUGGAAUAAGUAAUGUACUAAAUAAUAAACUUCAAUGAUAAAG